GGGGGGUGUUGCGUGUCACUUUUCAAUUCAGAGCGAUGCACGGCAAACCACGAGCGCUUCGCGAAAACACAUUGACUCGAAGCUUACAUGAUUUUGGAUAAAUCACACCUCAUUUCGCAAUAAAGUAACGCUACUAAGCCGAGAGUUAAGAAGUACAAGAUAGAUAUGUAAACGCCGAUUAUUUAAAUAAUUAAGACCGUCUGAGAGUUUUACUCGUACGGAGUUGUUGGGACUUCUUGUGCCCAGUCAUGGAAGCGAUACGGAGAUUUCUGCCCUGAUGCCGCGAUCUCUCCCGUCAUAUUUUUUCUAAAUAAAUGGACGCGAUGUUACUGGCCUCAGCUGUGGUCGUGUGGGAAUGGCUCAGCGAGCACGGGCGCUGGCAGCCGUACAGCCCGGCGGUGUCUCGUCACAUAGAGGAGGUGAUACGAAGCGAUCCCCGCGGCGGCAGCAUCGUCCUAGGCCAAGCUGACAACCGCCUGUCGCCCUACAUCAUCGAUUUACAGUCCAUGCAUCAGUUCAGACAAGACACGGGUACAAUAAGACCAGUGCGAAGGAGUUUCUAUGAUCCCACCACAGCACCAGGCCAAGGUUGGAUAUGGGAGUGGGAAAAUGACUCUGGUUCCUGGACCAUGUAUGACAUGGAGGUAAACAUUGCCUUGCAAGCAGCACAAGAUCAACAGAAACCCUGGUUGGACCUGACAACUUUGGGCUAUUGCUACCUCGUGGACUUUCAGAACAUGACCCAGUUUAACAAGCAAACGCAACGGAAACGGCGCAUCCAGAAACGCUCUGACAUGCCAUAUCCAUUUAUCUGUGGGACACUGCCCAAAUCUACACAGGCUUGGAGUACUGGCUCAAAAACCGAAAGGACGCUUAGAGGAGUUACAUCAGGUGGGGGCUCUACCGGUGCCCUUCUUGGGAUAGGCAUUUCUGGGUCUACCCUGAGUAGAAAAGGAAGUAUGGUUUACCCUAGCGGGACACUUUCAGUGUCAUCCCUCGCCCCUGUUGGACAACCGUGUGCGUGCCAGCAGUGCAUGCUGGUGAUGAGUAUAAAGGCGAAUGCCACAGCAACACAAACGCUAGGACGCAAACCUCAUGCAACGAAACCUAAACCCAGUUUUGGGACGCUUCCAAAAAACUCAAAAUCUUUGUCUGUUUUAAAUUCGUAUUCUCAUGCACUACCAGAUGGUUUGCCUUUAAGCUACUCCCCUUCUGGAAAAACCAAGAAGUCUAGCGAUUUUUCCCAUUCAUUUUCCCAUCUUACUCCGGACACUGCCGCUCUCUCAAUGUCAUCUAGCUGCCAUUUGCCUCCACCUUUAGCCUCGACUCCUGCUUUGUCAUUUUCCAAUCAGCAUUCUUCAUCCACACAAAACACAGCGUCUUCAGUAACAUUGGUGCCAACUGCCACGCUCGUCAACGUGUCAAGUACCACAUCGUCCACAACUUCUUCAACGUUACCCCAACAACGCUCUGCUGCCUAUGCUGCCCCUAUACCAUCUCGUGCCAGUCUGGCAGGGCUUAGCCAGCCCGCUUUGCAAAAAAUCGCAAGGGCACAGUCACAGGCGCUUAUUGCCUCUGGGGUGCCAACAGUACCCGUGAAGAACCUUAAUGACUCCGGUCCUGUUCAUCUGGCUCUAGCUGGUAUUACUGGCAUUCUGAUGAGUGCAGCUGGACUACCCGUAUGCUUGACUCGCUUACCUAAACAAGUUUUACAUCCCCCACCUGUCAGUAAGAGUGACAUCAAACCAGUUCCUGGCAUUGGACACUAUUGCCGCAAGACCACCAAGAAACAAGCCCGCCAAGGUGGAACACCAGAGGAGGUGGUGAAAAGUUAUUUGCAGAAGGUCAGGAAUCCACCAGAAGAAGAUUGCACUAUAUGCAUGGAAGCUCUGGGAGGGCCGUCGGGUUACAAGGGUCCAGGUGUGACGAGUGCUUCACGUACAGAGUCAGUAGGGAGACUGACAAAAUGUGGGCAUGUUUAUCAUCAGCAGUGCCUUGUGGCCAUGUACACCAAUGGCAAUAAAGAUGGCAGCAUGCAGUGUCCCACGUGCAAGACCAUUUAUGGAGUAAAAACAGGCAACCAGCCACCCGGUAAGAUGGAGUACCAUGUUAUCCCUCAUUCGCUGCCAGGACACCCAGACUGCAAAACCAUCCGGAUCAUCUACAACAUACCGCCCGGCAUACAGGGCCCUGGGCAUCCAAACCCAGGGAAGCCUUUCAAUUCAAGAGGAUUUCCUCGUCAUUGCUAUAUCCCAGAUAAUGAAAAAGGACGCAAGGUGUUAAGCAUGUUGUUGGUGGCGUGGGAUCGCAGGCUGAUCUUCUCGGUGGGCUCCUCCAGCACCACAGGAGAAUCGGACACCGUCAUCUGGAAUGAGAUCCAUCACAAGACAGAAUUUGGCUCCAAUCUUACAGGACAUGGCUAUCCAGACCCCUGCUAUCUUGACAAUGUACUUGAGGAGAUAAAAGCCCAGGGCGUCACUGAAGAUGAGGUACAACAGCAGUGAGGAUGAGCAGGACAGAAAAGACAGGAACCCAAUGGGAGUUGGAAGGCUUGAGGGAUAGUAGAUGGAGUGCUAUUGAAUCAGUAUGAGAUAAAAUCUCAAUACUGUGUGCUUUUGGCAAAAAGUAACACCCAAUGGUAAUAAUGUUUGGUUAAUGGUAAAGAAGUUUGGUUAAAGAUGGAAUAUGGAGGUUUAAAGGAUGAGAGUAAAGAAAGGAAUCUGUGUGAGAAGGAAAAAUGGGAGGUGGAGGGGACUCGUGAGGUAGAAAAUAAAAGGGUCAAGAAAGUAUCUGUCAAAAACAGCAAGUUUUGUUUGCUUAAGCUAUGUUAAAGUAAGAAAUUGUGAAAGUUGUCAAAACAUUGCUAGCGUGGAUGUAUGCUGUUUCCUAGAACCAAUGUAAUUUGCAUACUAAAUGUUUUAUGAAUGUACUACUGUGAUUAUACUACACACACAACUCUUUCUGUGUAUCAAAGCUUAGAUUUUCUGAACUUCUAUUUUUAUAUGAUGAUUGUGGAUAAAAUUCAAAGUUCAGUCAGUCAGAGUAAUGCUUUUGAGGUUAUCUUCAUUUAAAGUCCCCAUGUGGUGAAAAUCAAGUUUUUAUUGUUGUUAAUAUGUCUGAAUGGUUUUUUAAAUGUGCUUUAAGACAAACCAUCUGCAUAUUCAUUAUUCAACACAAUUGCUGACUAUUUUUCCAAAGACAGACAGAACAUAUGCAGGUUAAAACCGCCUCCUACCUCGCAAACAUGUAACCAAUCACAUCAUGAUAUAUAUAUAUAUAUAUAUAUAUAUAUAUAUAUAUAUAUAUA